CGCUUGGUUUUGGCACCGUGCGUCUCACGCGGACGCGGACGCGGCCAACCUGCUGCUUUCACCUGCUUCUCCUGGAGCAGAGCAAGUAAAGGCGAGAAAAUAACUGUCAUGUUGCCUCAACCCUAAACCGGAUAGGUGACUUUUGUGUGCGUGCACCGGCGUGUGUGUGUUGAGAGAGAGAGAGAGAGAGAGGUCGGAGUGGAUGGGGGUGGCGCUGCAUGGUAGAGCAAACAGGUGUAUCCAAACAGGUUUGUCCGGGAGCAGACUUUGGAGAGGACCUGGUCCAGAGAAAGAAAAUGAUGAUCCAGCAGCACCAGGCAUGAGACCACCCCAGUGCUCCAUGCAGACCUGUCUCUUAGGACUUUAUUCUCUGGACUGAUUGUCCCAACGUUCCUUUAUUUAUCAGUAUCUACCUGGGAUAAUGACACCUCUGCUGAACAGACCCUCCCUGUGUCUCCUUGUCCUCCAGAUCUUUGUGACGCAGGGCGUGUUUGUGGAGCUGCCCCCGAACAAUGCCAUACGCUCCCUGGCCGAGGAGGAGACCGUCCUGCCCUGUCGCUACAAGCCAAGCGAGCACAACGUGGUGGUGGUGCAGGUCACCUGGUAUAAGGAGAAACCGGAUUCCAGCAAGGAACAGAUCAUCACCGCUCACCACACAAAUGGACAGACCGCAUUUGGGAUGUGGUCACGACGUGUGCGCUUCAGAAGCAGCGAUCCCACGUUGGACUCAACACUGGUUAUCAUGAGCACGGAUGUCUCAGAUGAGGGGAAGUACAUCUGCCACAUCAGCACCUUCCCCUUCGGCAACUUUGACAGCUCGAUGUCACUCAUCGUAUGGACCAUUCCCAUCUCCUCCUUGGACCCUGUGAUCCUGGUGGAGGGUCAGUCCUACCGACACGCCGCGUCCUGUCGCUCUAUUGCCCGCCCGCCUCCCCACCUCUCCUGGGACAGCGACCUGAACGGCCAGUUCACCAACCGCUCCUCGGACAACGGGGCGGUCUCCUCCCACUACUCCCUGCACCCGCUGAGGAGCAUGAACGGCAAAAAGCUGGACUGUCUGGUGUGGCACCCGACUUCCCCUAGCCCCCGCAGGCUCAGGAACCACUUGGUAGUGCACUUCCCACCACAUGCAGAGGUGUCUGGCUUCAAUGGAGACUGGUUCAUUGGUCGGGAGAACGCUGCCCUGAGGUGCGUGAGCGGAGGAAACCCCAAACCACAGAGUUUCACCUGGAUCAGAAUGGGUAAAGAGUUGCCGGAAGGUGUGAUCCCACUCCCUAACGGAACACUGGUUUUUGGGCGACCCCUGAGCUUGUCCGACGCAGGCACCUACCAGUGUGUGGCGAAGAAUGACGUGGGAGUGGGGAAGGCGGAGGUGGAGAUUGUUGUGGCAGAAACUCGUACGGACCCGAAAAUGCCAGAAGAAAUGCUGAUGCUCAUCGUGGGGGGUGUGGCUGGCGGGCUGCUGCUCCUGAUGCUCAUCAUCGUCAUCACAGUCAUUUGUCACCACAAACGCAAGAGCUCCAAACUGAAGCGGGAGCUGACUGAGAAGAAGGAGGAAAUCUGCACUCUCUCCAGACAAGCCUCUUUCAGGAGGAUGAACUCCAUCAGCACAGAUACCAGAGGAGCGACGGAGGAAAACAUCCCUCUGAGGGUGGAGGGAACCCUGAGGACCAGCAUAUCCUCCCUUGGGGAGCAGGCUCACUGCCACGACAGCCGAUCUACAAUCUCAGGUGGACGAGCAGGAGGAGGAGGGGGAGCUUACGACUACCUGGGCAGACCAGUCCUGCACAACAACUCACGCAGGGGAAGAGAGAGGCUCCUGGAUAGAGACGAGGAAAACCGACUCCGAGUGGAGACGUAUGUGAGAAACAGCUCCAUUUCUCUGCAGGAAACUCGUUUCCACCCUCCUCUCACGCCGAUAUCCUUGCCCAUGGUCCAGUCCACGGAGAUUGUGCGACAGCUGAACGGCAGCGCUGUCAUCCCAACGGACGGCGGGGGUUCGCGGCCGGGAAGCGUCACCAAAACCCACCAGCACCCUCCACUGAGCUGCAACUACCCACCGGUGACAGAUGAUGAGGAUGAGGUGGACGAAGGUUUGGGGGGUCCCGCCAGCCAGGAGAAUCCAGACGACCAAGACAGUGAAACCAACAGCUCCCAGGUGUCCGAGGCCCACAGCAUCCGCUAUCAGCAGACUAAUGGCACUUUAAGACCCAAACCCCGGCCGAGCCCCACUGCCAUCAGUCCCCAUGCCUCCCUGAUCCACAAGGCUCAGAUAGUGUAGCGGGAGGCUGGAAAAUAACAAACGCACAACUGGCGAGCUCUGGUCAUGGAGGUGGUCCGAAUGAGGAUACGCAGACGAGGGGUGGUCACAACCCGGAAAACCAGUUUGUGUUUGAUUAUGAAAAACAUGCACCUUGACUCUAAUGCUGCGUCUUCAUUCAGUGGGAUAAUGGUGCAAUAGAACAGAAUCUCCUCCAAAGCGUUUUCUGUAUGGAUUUCUGACAUGUGCCGGGCUUUUGUUGAUCAGCGGUGUGUCAUCUGUUCCCCCACAUUACUGCCACAUCCAAAGACACGGUCGCAAUAUUUCCAGUUUAUAGUCUUAUUGACCUCUUUAGCUCAUUACACUACAGGUCACAUUCUACACCUUCAGACGCACACUGAUGCUGCAUUGGGGCAAUCCCGGGUUCUGUAUCUUGCUCAAGGACACUUUGAAGUGUAGUGGAGAAACAGGGGAUUGAACCAGCAACCCUCAGAUUAGUGGACCCGCUCUACCUGCUGACAGCUGUUUCCUGUGACUAACAGGUGAAUGCAACUGACGUACUUUCUGUCCAGUAGGAAAUCAGGAAAUGCAGGAGAAGGCUUUGUUGGUACAUUAGAGAAGUAGAUUACAACACCAAGGGUGGAUUUUGGAUUUCGUGUCAUUCAGUUCCUGUGCCUGUGUUAUGUUCAUUACACAACAUGUUUGUUGGAUUGUUACUCUUGCCACACCUACAACAUGAAUACCAUUGUGCCAUGUUGUCUCUCUGCCCUCGAGCCUUCACCUUAAGCACUGAGACAGUUUAGAUCAGACAAAGACAUUAUUCAACCAAGACUUGACUAAUGUGUCUUGCACAUGUAAUAAUUUGGCAAGAAAAAAAUCUUCUCAAAUAUCUGAAUGAUUUCCUUUUUUCAGGCUUUUUUCAAAGUAUUUUUAUAACACAGUGAAUUUAAAGCAACACUAUGUAACUUUGACUAAGCAACAGCGCCCCCUGCAGCCAAACUCGAUAACUCAUUUUGUUGGGCUCAAGCCUUUCAAUAUGUUGAGUCGAAUCUGACAGCACUGAACUGAAACGCAACUGAAAGAUGGAUAUUACCCAUAAUACCCAGCUUCCUGAACAAAAAGAGCUUCUGCUCUAACAAAUACACAAAACAUUUAAAAUGACUAAUAUUUCAAGUGUCCUCACUGAAUAUUGGAAAUAAAUACAGGUUUUACUCUUGAACCCUUCUGGACCUGACUUUGACCAUUUAAGUUGCGACUAUCAGUCAGUGUCACGCCUCUCACAGGUGAUGGUACCCGCUCACCAAAGUGACCGAUAAAAAAAGAUACAUUCAGGGUGAGGACUGAAAUGAAAGAAACACCAUUAUCCAUAUCCCAAGUCAGUGAACCAUCAAACUAUCUUUGAAGCUACAGUGUGGUAUGAAGUUGUAUUUUCAGAACAAUCAUUUACAAUACACAGUAAAUAAGUAUAAUAAUACAUUCAAUUUACAGUAUCUACAUGUUCCCCAAUCAAACACAUAAAGUAGAAGCAUCAUUAAAAUACCCUGCUGCUGUGUUGCUGGGAAAAAUUCAGGAACACUAUAUAUUUCACACAUGUACAUACCGACACAAUGAAUUGAAUAUAUGUUAUGUAUUUGCACCCUCAUGGAUGCACAUAUACGCAAGGGGAAGACAGCUGCAAAACCUGUGAAAUAUUUGUAUAAUACAUUUUAAUUUCAUUAGUUUUUUACAUCUCUGAAUUACUGGAAAUGCUAAUCUGGACUCACCUAAGACCAAAGAGGCAAAAAUAUUGUGUGGUCAUUCAGUCAUGUACUGUAUUUCUUCUGUCUACCGGAGGUUGACAGGACGAUAUCUCUCCAAGAGGCAUUUUACAUGAACUGUUUUUCGAUAGAGAUUUUUGA